CGGUUGGAUGUAGAUGUUGUUUAGCGGCGAAUGAAUCGUCUUCAUGUUGUCGGGUUUUGUCGGGUGCUAAUUCAAAGUUCCCCUUCAGUUUUCGGUGCUUUUGUGUACGGUGCAUUUAGGACGCUAUUUGGAGUUUUCGUCCUCUGAGUAUGUUGCCGCUUUCUAACAUUUUAUCAGGGCUGUUGGAGCGCGUAGUCUACCCGCUGCGGUUUUGUGUUUUUCUCGACGUUGUUUACCGGCUAUAAUUCGACGUUUAGUUAUCUAAAUUCACCGGUUCGCCGGCUCUGAAAUCAGCGAGACACUUUUCGACAUGCAUACGAGGCGUUUAGUGAAGCGGUCGAUCCUCGGCAGCCGCGUUUAUGCGCCGAGUCCGACGGGGGACGGUGCCCCGGUGACAGGAGUGGUCCAGGCUGUCAAGCAGGAAAACAGAGACGUCUCGGCCGCAGGAGCUCGGCGCAGCGUCUACACCGUGCUCAUGCAAGACGGGAGCCUGAAGGAGUUCUCCGAGGAGGAGAUAGCCGCCGGGUUCAACCACACUGCAGCCAAAGGACCCCUCAAGUCCAGCUUGAAGCAGAGCUCUAGUAAUGGAGCUCCAGAGAGCCAGAAGGUGGAAGGCGGCUCCCUCAGCCCAGAGGCGGUGGAGGAGCAGCGGGUGGUGGACGGCAAGCGUGUUGGCCGGGACCCCGACACCCGUUCAGUGUCCCUGCUAGAGCAGAAACGCAAGGUGGUCUCGUCCAGCAUCGAUGUCCCUCACUCCAGACGGUCGGAGGAAGAAGUGGACAUGGACAAGGUGACGGCUGCCAUGGUGCUGACAACUCUCUCCACCAGCCCGCUGGUCAGGAGUCCACCUGUCAAAGUCAAUGAUGGUCUGAGUGGUUCGUGGAAGGACAACGGCUCCGCUGGCCCCUUCACCCCAUCUAGCAACAGUUCUUCAGGCGGCUACUGGAGCUGGUCUGCGCCCAGCGACCAGUCCAACCCUUCUACACCUUCUCCGCCGCUCUCAGCCGACAGCUUCAAGCCCUUCCGUGUGCCCAGUCUGGGCGGCGUGGGACCCGGCCCAGCAGGGCCCGAAGACCCCAGCCUGGACGAGCAGGAUGGCAGCAGCCUGCUUUUUGAUGAGCCCAUCCCUCGCAAGCGCAAGAACUCCAUGAAGGUGAUGUUCAAGUGCCUGUGGAAGAACUGUGGCAAGGUGCUGAGUACCGCUGCCGGCAUCCAGAGACACAUCCGCACCAUCCACCUGGGACGGAACUGUGACUCGGACUGCAGCGACGGCGAGGAGGACUUCUACUACACGGAGAUCAAGCUCAACACAGACUCCGUGGCCGACGGGCUGAGCAGCCUGUCCCCCGUGUCCCCGUCCGUCCUCUCUCCCCCUCCUCCUCCCCCCUCUCCUCUCCCCUCUCUGAGCCAGCUGCCGGACUCCCACAGACCUCCGCAGUCCUCCGACACCAAGGAGCCGCACGCUGGCGGCACCACCCCGCUCAGCCGCUCUGCGCCCAGCGCGCUCUACCUCAUCCACACGGACCACGCCUACCAGGCCACGGCUCCAGUGUCCAUCCCGUCCAGCAGCAGCAACUCGGCCGGCUCAGCCUCCACCAGCUUCACUCCCACCAACAACUCCAGCUUUAGCAUCUCCUGGCAGUCGCCGCCCGUCACUUUCACUGGGAACACGGUGUCCCCCAGCAAAAGCCAGGGCUUCGGUGAACAGCGUUCCCAGACCAUCGCUGUCCUCUCGUCCCCUCCUAGAGCCACCGCCGCCCUAAGUCGGAAGGUGCGCGGUGAAGGGAAGAAGUGCCGUAAGGUGUACGGGAUGGAGAACCGCGACAUGUGGUGCACCGCCUGCCGCUGGAAAAAGGCCUGCCAGAGAUUCACCGACUGAGCGUUUCCCCGCCAACGUCGCAGCGCGCCACGCCAACAGGCACUGCUGCCUUUUGCCAGAGAACGGGGGGAGGGGCUUCAUUUUGCAUGCAUUUGGUUUUCUUCAGCUCAAAGUCGCAACUGUCCAUCAAGCUCCGGCUCCGCCCCUGUCGUCGCUCCCCCCUCAGCUCCACGGAAACCAUUCCAGCUGUGGAAGGAACCAAAGGACAGCGGAGUCACCUUUUCCAUCGCCGUCCAGGAUUCCCAGUACUGCCUCGCCAUUCCCGUUGUUCCCAGGUUUGGGAAACCCCAGUGCAGCUAAACAGUGUAAAGAGAAAAUAGAUCCACAGAUUUCUCCUGUUUUUUAUGUUUGGUUCCGUGUUGCAUCUUUCUAUGUUUUGUAAAGCUCUGGUUUUUAAAUGGAAAGUCUUGUCAAAGAAGGGGUCCAGAACAAAGGCCAAAAGCUUUUUUGUGUGUUUUGUUGAAAGAAAAACUUUUUUAUCCAAAAGAGGAAUGGGCCCCUUUGCUGAAGUUUUUGAAGAACAUUAAGAGAAGCACGGAGGUAAAGCUCGCCGUUUUUGUUCUUCCUUCAACUUGUUCAUCUCUCGUUUUAUUUCUGGACUUUUUUGAGGUGAUCUUUUAUCACCGACAUCACAGCCUCUCCCGGUUCCUCACCCACUCUUCACUCCUGACAGCCCCGUGGGAAUGUACGGCAGAGCCGGGAGGGCUUGGUCGGCACGUAGAAAGAAAGGGAGGAGUAGAGAAACACAAGGUGAAUGAUCAAUGCAAAAAAAGAUACAAUUCACAGUCAGGGAAAGCAGAUGGACCAUGCCAGUGAUAAAAACAGCAUUCACACACACACACAGACAGACACACAGUCAAAGCAGAAGACAGGAACUGUUUUCUACGUCACUUUUUUAUCCAGUUGAUUCAUUUUCUUUGAUUUAUCAGGGAUGUGAUUCUAAAGAAAGCAAAAACCAGCAGCAGAUUUCGGGGUUUUACUGUAUACAGCACUAUCUCAAUAGCUUCUCUCUCUCUUUCAUUACACAUGACAACUUUGCAACCAAAAACUACUUUAUCUUAUUCUUUAUGUUUUUGGUUUUUGUCAAGGUGCCAUGUUUACUGUUGAUGUAGUUCUCUCUCUCUCUCUCUCUCUCUGUUUUUAUUUUUAUUUUUUAAAACCAAGACUGUUUACCACCUGCUAAAGAAAGUGUGUUUAAAAGACCUUCCUGACAGCACUGGAAGCUUGAAGUCGGCAGCGUGCAAGGCCGUAAAAAGAGGACCAUCUUUCACAACAUAAGAGCGGCAGAUUGCCCUCCUCCUAAACUUUCACACCUUCCCAAAGGGAACAAAAUAUCUUUGUGUUUACGUACACCACAGAGGCGCAUCUUGAUGACCUGUUAACCGAAGGAGGAGGGCUGGAAACCAAAAGUGAGGCACUUGCACCGUGUGUGUGUGUGUGUAACGGAGUGCUUGGUGCUUUUGUGGUUACUUCUAGAGAGUUGGAAAUGUUUCCAUGUUCCACAAGCCUUCUUCAUUUCCAACUUCACUGAUUAUAAAAGGAAGUUGAAGCAAAAAAAAAAAAAAAAGCAAAUAUUUGACCACCCAGAUGUGGCUACGUCCCCUUUUU